CCAUGUCCGAGUCCCUGAGGGAGGUGGCCGAGCGCACGGGCAACACCUACCCGACCAAGACCACCCCGGGGCGUCGUAACCCGGGGUCCAACCCGCGCGGUCAGAGGAUGACCGCCGCGCAGGCCACCGGCAUCGUCGACGCCCUCAAGGAGAUCUACAAGACCAAGGUCCGGCCCGUCGAGGAGGCGCUCAAGUUUGGCUCCUUCUACUCCCCCUUGCUCACCGACGGGGACUUCGAGGGCAAGCCGAACGUGCUGCUCCUGGGCCAGUACAGCACCGGUAAGACCACGUUCAUCAAGCACCUGCUGGGCACCGAGUACCCCGGGUGCAACAUCGGGCCCGAGCCGACGACGGAUCGCUUCGUCGUCGUCAUGCACGGCAAAGAGCCGAGGGUCACCCCGGGGCAGACGCUCGCGGUGCAGACGGACAAGCCGUUCACGGGCCUGAGCAACUUUGGCAGCGCGUUCCUCUCCAAGUUUCAGGCGAGCUCGUGCGACGCGAAGCUCCUCGAGGAGGUGACGAUCAUCGACACCCCCGGCGUGCUCUCCGGCGAGAAGCAGCGCAUCGACCGGGGGUACUCCUUUGUCCACGUCUGCGAGUGGUUCGCGGCGAGGUCCGACGUCAUCCUGCUGCUGUUCGACCCGCACAAGCUGGACAUCAGCGACGAGUUCAAGUCGGUCAUCGCCAGCCUGCGCGGCCACGACGACAAGGUGCGCGUGGUGCUCAACAAGGCGGACCAGGUCUCGGCGCAGCAGCUCAUGCGCGUGUACGGCGCGCUGAUGUGGUCGCUGGGUAAAGUUUUCAACACCCCAGAGGUGUGCAAGGUGUACGUGGGUUCGUUCAACGAUCAACCGCUAAACACGGAGAACAACCAGCUGGGCGCUGAGCUCUUCGAGAAGGAGCAGAGCGACCUCAAGCGGGACCUGCUGGACAUCCCCCAGCGAUCGUGCGACCGCAAGGUUAACGAGUUUGUGAAGAGAGUGCGAGCGUGCGUCACCCACGCUAAGAUCAUGACGCACCUGAGGGGGAAGAUGCCGCUGAUGGCAGGGCACGAGUCGAAGCAGAAGAAGCUGUUGGGUAGGUUGGAUAAGGAGUUCGAGGAGUGCGUGCACACCCACCAGAUACCCAAGGGUGACCUGCCCAACGAACGACGGUUCGCCGAGAUUUGCAAGGGGAUGCCCAUCUGGAAGAUGCCGAAGGUCGACAAGAAGCAGAUGAAGGCUCUGGAGGAGGUGCUGUCGGUCGACAUCCCGGAGGUUAUGCGGCGGUUCGAUAACCCUUUCUGAGCUUGAGUCAUGAUUGUAACGAUACGUCCAUCAUUCCUGU